AUGGCUAGUGCUUCACAAAUGUUCUUUGACGAGCUUGAUCGCCGGUUUGUGCCCACGGGAGCACAGUUCGAUGUGAUGCAGUGGAUGAAAUCUCUAUCCUACGAUACAAUGGGCUUGAUGACAUUCUCCCGGCCAUAUGGCUACGUUCAGCAUGGGAGAGACUUACACGGCAUCAUGGACGACGUGAACAGGACAAACCUGAUUAUCGGACCCGAAGAACAUCGGAAAAGUGCCAAAUCGCCCUCCAAUGCAAACGUCGACGGACCCAUUGCCGACUGUGACUUCCUCGGGUAUUACCACAAUGCCCAGGAGAGAAAGGAUAAUGUGCCACUUCGAUUUGUGUCAACCUGGACUUUUGACAAUAUUCUUGGAGGGGCCGACUCCACGGCUUCCAUGCUUCGAUCUGUGGUCACCCUGACGCACUGGAAACGGUACGGGCCGAGCUGCGAGAUAAGCAACGCACUGCCACCGGGCUCACUCUACCUUUCCCGCAAUGGCAUGAGCUGCAGAACCUCCCCUUCCUCGACGCCUGCAUUAAAGAGUCACUCCGGCUUGACGCUCCAUUUUGUUGAUGUCUACGAUGUUCCGGCGGAGGGAGCCACAAUCUGUGGUCACUUUUACCCUGGAGGCACCGUGGUUGGCAUGAGUCCAUAUAUUACUAACCGUUAUAAGCCGACAUGGGGUGUUGAUGCGGAUCAGUGGCGUCCCAGUCGCUUGUUGGAAGGCGAACCGUCGCAUACCAGAAAGCUUGAAGCCAGUCUGCUUAGUAAAUCGCCCGGGCUUGGGCUUUCAGGUAAAGUACACGGAAAGCCUAUGUGGCUUGGCCCGCGCCCCCCAGCCCGACCAGUACCAGAGUGCUCCGACAUCGUUGUCGUGGCCGACAUACCCCCAGUGCCACCCAUCCGCCGUCCGGACGCCGUUCGGAACGAACCUCAGGCGUCUGCAUCUACCUCUAGCCACCUCCGACAUCGCCGCCGGCGUAUUAACGAGCUGCCAGCCAUAACUCUCGGCCACUCUGUAACCUGCGGCUGCGAAGAUUGCCGCAAUCGCCGGUUUAACCGGAUGAUUCCGAUGGAGGAAGGCCGGCCUGAAUUGUCUGAACACGGCGAAAUCCUCUAUCUGAAAUUGCCUGGCAAUGGAAACGACUAA